AUGCACGUCCUCAACAGGAGAGUUUUCGAGACGGACGACAUUGUAAGCAUGAGUCGAGAGCUGUCGCGGCACGUUUCCGCGCGCCCGCCGCAGGAGCGGCGCCGCGAUCUCACACGGCGCCGCGAGCAGUGCGACUCCACGUCGCCCACCGCGGCCUAG